AUGUUACACUGGAGCAAAUGGUUUCUGGUGCCCUUUCUGCACAUUGCGGCCACUGCAUCAAGUUCUAGAAGUUCGCCGAAUGCUACAACAGGUUGUCAAUGUGUGCCCCCCUCCCUGAUUGAAGCAACGACGGCCGAGCUCCAGGAGGGGCUCACUAAAGGCUGCUUCUCCAGUGUUGACCUGGUCAAUACGUAUGUGACCCGGAUACACGAGGUCAACUCGACACUGCACAUGGUCCUCGAGGUCAACCCCGACGCAUGGGACAUUGCUCAGCAGCUUGACUUGGAGAGAAAACAUGGACUCGUACGAGGACCUUUGCAUGGCCUUCCCAUCCUUGUCAAAGGCAACAUCGGCACCGAGGACAAGACGGAGACAGCUGUCGGCUCUUACGCGCUUGUUGGCGCCAAGGUGGCUGCGGAUUCAACUGUUGUAAAGAAGCUCAGACAAGCAGGCGUCAUCAUUCUUGGCAAGACCAGCGUGUCAGAGUGGGCGAACUUUAGUUCAAGCGGCAGUGGCGUGGCAGCCGAUUUGGGCCUUGCCUUUGCAGCCCUAGGUACCGAGACAAGUGGAAGCAUUCUAUCUCCGGGUGAGAAUAACAAUAUUGUCGGCAUUAAGCCCACCGUCGGUCUCACAUCACGGUACAUGGUCAUCCCCAUAAGCGAGCGCCAGGAUACAAUCGGGCCGAUGGCCAGGUCUGUCAAAGAUGCAGCAAUUAUUCUGCAAGCAAUUGCAGGUCCAGAUAAAAAUGACAACUAUACCCUGGCGUCUCCAUUUGGCAGCCACCUCCCGAAUUACGUCGCAGCUUGCAAGUUGUCCGGGUUGAAAGGGAAACGAAUCGGUAUACCCCGGAACGUCAUCAGCACGUUGAACGCGUCAAGUGAGCCGAUAGUGUCUGCAUUUGAGGCCGCCGUCUCCGUGAUCUCUGAAGCAGGCGCGACAAUCGUUGACGACGCGAACUUCACAGGCUAUGACGCCUAUCUCAACACCCCGACCCCAGAGGCUGUUGUGGCUGCUGAUUUCAUAAGCAAUAUCGCAUCUUAUCUUUCGAAAUUGAAAACCAACCCGAACAAUCUUCACAAUCUGGAAGAUAUUCGGCGCUUCACUCAGCAGUCACCACUAGAGGACUAUCCAUCUCGUGAUACAGGGAUCUGGGAUCUCGCGCUUGCUAACGGUAUCAACAACACGUCUCCCGAGUUCUGGCCCUUGCAUUUGCAGAGCUUGUACUACGGGGAAGAGGGAGGGUUGACAGGAGCUUUAUCCCGCAACAAGCUCGAUGCUGUCAUUCUUCCCACAGCUCUCGCUUACGAAAUACCAGGUAUCAUCGGGUCACCAGCGAUCACAGUCCCUCUUGGGUCGUUCCCUGCGGGAACACCCAUUGAGUACAAUUCACGUGGCAACUUGAUUGAAAAGGCGCCUGGCAUCCCCUUUGGAAUCAGCUUUCUUGGACCCAGAUGGAGCGAGGAGAGCUUGAUAGGCAUGGCCUAUGCCUUCGAACAGCGGACCAUCGUGAGGAAGAAGCUCCAAAGAUACAUUGAACCGAGAAGUGACCUGAGUAGCAUAUUGUAA